AUGGCGAACCUCUUCCGACGCAUCUAUGACUGGCUGCUGCGCCUUUUCUGGGCGACCGAGAUGGACAUCACCAUGAUCGGGCUGCAGAAUGCUGGCAAGACGUCGCUGUUGAGAGUUCUGGCGGGAGGGGAGUUUACUGUCGAGUAUGUCAACGUCAAGCUCCUGGCUGCGCAAGCUGGCGGCAACAGCAAUCUACGCAUCCAAGUGUACCUGCUGACCAGCGGCAACAGUUGGGAUCUCGGAGGCCAGCCUAGGUUUCGUUCCAUGUGGGAGCGGUACUGCCGCGGCGUGAACGCAAUUGUGUUUAUUGUCGACUCUGCCGAUAAGGAGGCCCUACCGGUUGCGCGCGAAGAGCUCAAUCUUCUCCUAGAGAAGCCAGCGCUGGAAGGCAUUCCUUUGCUUGUCCUAGGCAACAAGUCUGACCUGCCUAACAAGCUCUCGGUUGAUGAGCUUAUUGAGGCGCUGAACCUCAAGGCCGUGUCGCACCGCGAAGUGAGCUGCUAUGGCAUCAGCGCCAAAGAGGAGACAAACCUCGACGCUGUACUCCAGUGGCUCAUUGCUCGCGCGAGCAAAUAG